CCAAUCUUGAACACAAGAUGGGAGCGAAGUCGAAGCACAACAAGCCUGCGGCAAAGCAGGCACCAACUGCCAAACCUUCCAAAGGACCUAGCGGGACUAAGCACACCACCGGUGGUCGAAAGGAUACCGUAGCCACCAAUGCAAAGCCGCAGCAUGGCACCAAGCCUCAGGGGACCAGCAAGUCUACCACCAAUUCCACGCCUCAACAACGUAACAAGCCUCAAGGUGGCGGCAACGCCUCCCAUGGAGCAAAGCCGCAUUUUGGCAACAAGGUACAGGGCGGUGGCAAGCCAUACCAGUACAACAAGUCGAAUGACCGACGAGAUGGAGGCAAGAAGGACUUUUCAAAGUUCGGCAAGACACAGCCGCAACAGGACAAGAAGCCGUACGUCAAACCGACGGAGGAGGAGGCCGUGAAGCCCAAUGAGAAGCUCAUUUCCAUGUUGAAGUCGAUGAAAGACCAGUCGGUGGCGUGGCACGAGGCGGUCAAGGCGCUUCCGAACGAAUCGAAAGACGUGGUCAAGCACAAAGCGAGCGACCCUAUCGUGGACGAAAAGAAGCGGCUGGCGGAGCGCCUUAUGGAAGCCGAAUUGAAAGCGGCCGACUCCAAAGGCAGUUUGUCGAGCGACGAAAAGUAUCUCAAGACGAUGAUCAAGUCGGGUACGUUGGCCGAUCGAAUCGCCGCCACGACCUUGUCGAUCCAGGCGUCGCCCGUGCACAACCUCGCCCGGUUGAGCCAACUCGUGACGAUGGCCAAGAACAAAGGCCGCCGCGAAGCGCAGAUGGCCAUCGAUUCGCUCAAGGAUCUGUUCCUGACCAACCUGCUGCCGGACCGCAAGCUCUUGUUCUUCCACCAGCGGCCCAUCCAUCGAACAGACGCGACGCAGGCGCACGUGGUGAUUUGGUACUUUGAGCACUGCGUCAAGGUCGCGUACGCCCAGCUCAUCGCCGCGCUCGCGUCCGGCAUGGACGACGCCAUCGAAGCCCACAAGCGCGCAUGCAUCCGCGCCGUGAUCGCGCUCCUCACCGACAAACCCGAGCAGGAAAACGUGUUACUGACCAUGCUUGUCAACAAGCUCGGUGACCCGGACCGCAAGGUCGCGUCGUUUGUGCUCCAUCAGUUGCAAGAGUUGCUCAAGGUGCACCCCGUGAUGAAACGGGUGGUUGUGGACGACGUCGAGCGACUGCUCACUCGUGCCAAGGUGACGGAGCGAACCAAGUACAACGCGGUGCUGUUUUUGAACCAAAUGUACCUAAGUGCUAGCGACGCCGACCUCGCCACCCACUUGAUCAAAGUGUACUUUGGAUUAUUUUCCAAAGAGGUUCACCGAGACCAAGGCAAGGCUGACACGGGCCUCGAGCGCAAGCUGCUUAGCGCGUUGCUCGUGGGCGUGAACCGGUCGUUUCCGUAUGCGAAAUGCACGUCUGCCGACUUUCAGGACGAGAUCGACACCAUGUUCCGCGUCGUGCACACGGCCCACUUUAGCACGAGUGUGCAAGCACUCAUGCUGUUGUUCCAAGUCAUGAGCUCCACCAAUUCGGUGCCCGAUCGCUUCUACUCUGCGCUGUACACCAAGCUGUUUGACCCCAAGAUGCACACGACGUCCAAGCACACGCUAUUCCUCAACCUGCUCUUCCGCGCCAUCAAGCAAGACGUGUCCCCUGCCCGCGUCCAUGCCAUGAUCAAGCGCCUGCUGCAAGUGUCGCUCACGAUGCCGCCGGCGUUUUGCUGCGCCGCGCUGUUCCUCGUUUCUGAAUUGCUUCAACACAACAAGAGUUUCCGUGCGCUGAUUGACCAGCCCGAGCACGACCUCACCCAAGAUCAAGUGCCGCCAUCCAACAACAAGAAGGACGACGACACUGUCGAGUCGUCCGCGGAAGAUGAAGACGCCUCCGACGACCAAGCGUUGGAAGCCCCCGUACCCGCCGAGGAGGACGAGGGCGAAGCGGACUUGGAAGCCGAGCGCAAGCGCAGCGCGGCCUUAUUGAAGUCGAUGGGGCUGGACGUUGCCCCCGACGACGACCGCCGGUCGGCUGUCAAGCGUGUCAGUGGGGGGGUAGUCGUCGUCACCCCGUACGACCCGCGAAAGCGCAACCCCCUGUACGCAGGAGCGGAAACCUCGUGCUUGUGGGAACUGCAGCCGUUCCUGGUGCACUAUCAUCCGUCCGUCGCGCAGUUCGCCAAGCAGCUGGUGGACGGCGCGAUUUCGUACAAGGGCGACCCGCUCAACGACUUUACGCUGUCUGUAUUUUUCGACAAGUUUGUCAACAAGAAGCCCAAGUCCAAGGACGGUCCGCAUCGGUACAGCCACGGCGGGGGUCGCGGCGACGACGGCGACGACAAGCACGCCGUCGUGGGGGUCCAUUCGGAGCACUUUUUGGCGCAGGACGAGGCCGCGGUCGCGGACACGGACCGCUUCUUUUACACGUUUUUCAAAGAACGCGCCAAGCGAGUGCCAGCGAAACCGACCAAGAAAAAGGACGACUUGACGGGCGACGCGCUGGCUUCCGAUGAGGAGGACGAAGAGUACGAAGCGUUUGCAAACCAGUUGGCCGAGAGCAUCAUGGAGGACAACGACGACGAAGAUCCAGACAUGGACGACUGGAGUGGUGACGAAAGCGGUGACAACGAGGAUGGUGACGACGACGACGAUGGUGACGACGACGAUGAUGGUGACGGCGCUGAAAUGAACGACGAAGACAUGAUGUUUGACGACGAUGAGGACCUGGAUGACGACGAUGACAAUGAGGUGCAAUUUGGUGACGAUGACGAAGAAUCGGCCGCGCCACCGCCGUCCGUGAGCAAAGGAAAGAAAAAGGCAAGUGACAAACGCAAGUCGCCAUUUGCUGACGCAGACGAGUACUUGGAAGCCAUUGAACGGGGUGAGCGGGACGACCAGGCGGCGCAACAGACGCCGACCCCCAAGCGCCGCCCGUUGAAAAAGCGAAAAUAGACAUUUACGCAACGACUACUUUAGUACUAGUACUAGCUAGAUGAUAUAUGCAUGUUCCUAAUCCUAUUGUUUCUCCUUCGAUUGACGAAUCCGACUAGUACAUGAUAUGACUUUGCCCUACUUGAAGGGAUAGAUUAAUUGAUGAGGCGCACGGUGGUUUCGGCGAUGCUCUUUUCUUCGUCGGUGGGAAUGACCAAGAUGGGAAUGGGCGACCCCUGGACGUGGAUCUCGCGCACGCCAGACGUCGGACCUGGAACGUUCUUGGACGUGUCCACUUGGAUGCCGACAUGGGCCAAGUUGGCGCAAAUGCGCUCGCGGAGGACGGAAGACUGCUCGCCAAUGCCCGCUGUGAACACGAUCGCAUCCACUUUCGGGUACAGCUGGAGCACGUACGCCCCCAGGUACUUGCGCACGCGGUGGGCAAACACCUAAUGAUGAUCACGUCAUAUGAUAUAAAAACAAUAAACAGUUCGUACGUCCAACGCCAAGUUGGCCUGGGCGUCGCCGGCCACGACGCGGUCUUGGAUGGUGCGAACGUCCGACUCGCCGCACAGCCCCAAGAGCCCGCUCUUCUUGUUCAAGAGGGUGUCAAUUUCAGAAAUGGACAGCUUCGCAUGCGAAUGGAGAAACGGAAUGAUGGCGGGGUCAAUGUCGCCGCUGCGGGAACCCAUAAUGAGUCCUUCCAGGGGUGUGAACCCCAUGGACGUGUCGAUGCAUUUGCCGUCGCGGAUCGCAGACAUGCUCGAACCGUUGCCCAAGUGCAAUGUGACCAGAUUGCUCUUUUCCAAUGGCUUGCCCAAGUGCUAAUAUAGAUGCAUGAGACAACAAACGGGACUACUACACUGGAAGCGGCGGGUGUACCGCAGCCGCUUGUUGCGCAACGUAUUGGUGGCUCGUGCCGUGGAACCCAUAGCGCCGGAUGCCGUAGUCCUGGUAGAGCGAGUAUGGGAGGCCGUACAAGUAGGCCGCGGGGGGCAGCGUCGAGUGGAACGCUGUGUCGAACACAGCCACGUGCUGGCAAUCAAACAGUUCGUGCGCGACUUGAAUCCCCAAAAUGUUGGCGGGGUUGUGCAACGGGGCGAUGUCGACGUUGUCUUCCAGCGCUUUGAUCACGGCCUACGGCAUGCUGUACAUGAGAGGGGGGAUACAAGAGGCGCACAACGCACGGGGGUGAUGAGCGAGUGGUCGUGGAACGCUUCACCUCCAUGCACCACGCGAUGCCCAAUGCCGUGGAUUUCGUUCUUGUGCUUCAACCCGCCAUGGGUGGAGUCCGUCAGCAAGUCGAUGACGUACGAGAGGGCCGUCUUGUGGUCGGGAAGGGACACCGGGGGAAGCGACGCCUUGACGGUGGACGUCGGCGUGUACGUGGUGUGCUUGACUUGCUUCUGGCUCCCGAGCUCGACCAUGCCGGAAAUCAGCGGCGUCAGCGCGGUGCCGCUCUUCUCCGCGAACAACUUGUACUUGAGCGACGAACUGCCCGCGUUGAGCACCAAGAUCUUGAGCUUGUCCAUGUUGCUGCAAGAUCAAAAGUGCCACCGAUGUUGCAA